AUGGCUUCAGCUCAGCCGACUCAAAGACCACCUCCCCUGUACGCCAAACUCCUGCGCUUGGACAACCCCAUUCGCAGCUUGACAGUAGCCUUCUGGCUAUGGAAGGCUGUGUUAUACUUUGUUGUCGCCUACUGUCCAGGGGUGGGCUAUGACACCUCCACCUCUUUGAUAUCGUAUGCCGCCAGCCCAACGGUCGGCCAGUCAGAGGCACUCUCGGGACCCCUGAAAUUCGCCAGAUGGGAUGCGAUCUACUUCCUUGAUAUUGCUGAAAAGGGAUACAUUUAUGAGCAAGAAUGGGCCUUCGGCUGGGGUUACACUAAGCUUCUGUCUCUUUUCGUAUCUGGCAUCCAGCUCUCGGGCGGGAACACUGGGCCACACACCACUGCAGUGGUGGGAGUGGCUCUGUCCCAUGUUGCCCAUUAUUUGUCCGUGUUGUCACUCUAUCGCCUGUCAGCGAAUAUAUUUGGCCAUGCAACAGCUGCCCAGCAUCUCAUCUGCUUUUUGUCCGCAGCUUUGCACAUUAUCUCGCCAGCAGGCGCGUUUCUGUCCGCGCCAUAUGGAGAGUCGAUCGUCUCUUUCCUCAACAUGACCGGCUUCUACCUUUACUCGUCGUCUCUUAUUGCUGAGCGCAAUGGAGCAACUGGUCUGCGAGACUUCAGGGUCCUCACCUCUGCAGUUCUCUUUGCAGUGGCUACCAUGGUCCGCAGUAAUGGUGUUCUGAGUGGGUUCCUCUUCGCCUACGAUGCGGUGAUACUGUGUUGGAAGACCCUGAUCCAGGGACCUACGCUGCACAACAUGAUUCGUUUGGCAGUUAUCAUUCUCGGCGGUUCGAUCGUUGCAUCUGGGAUGGUCAUUCCGCAAUUCUUGGCUUACCGCAUGUACUGCCUGUCCGAGACUGAUCUUCAGCCAUGGUGCGAGUGGGCGAUGCCAAGUAUCUACGGCUGGGUCCAGAAUCACUAUUGGGAUGUCGGGUUCCUGCGAUAUUGGACCAUCUCCAACCUCCCCCUUUUCUUGCUGGCCGGGCCAAUGCUGGCUGUCUUAUGUCGAUCCGCUGCAUGGGGGUUGCAGAGCCCUUCUUCCUCGUCAACCAGCCCCGGGUCCAUGCUCACUCGGCUAGCAGUUCCCCAGGGUCUGUUGGCCGUCAUGGCAUUUACUAGCUAUCACGUGCAGAUCAUCAACCGUAUCUCGUCGGGAUAUCCUCUGUGGUAUUGGUUCCUAGUUACCAGUGCUGUGGACACCGCCUCGAGUUCGCCCAAGCUGAGCCGCACGCUUGUGAUCGCCGUAUACAGCAUGGUGGCUUAUGCAAUGAUCCAAGGGGUUCUAUUCGGUUCUUUCUUACCCCCGGCUUGA